UCUUUCUAGCUUCAUUCAUUCAUUCAUUCUCUCCCUUUCUUCACAACACCAAAACAGAGUGACCACAACCACCAAUCAAUCAACAAUGGAGGUGCAGUUCAAUCUCUGCUUCCUCCUCAUUACGCUUCUUCUGGCUACCACCAAAGCCAACCAAUCAAGGGUUGUGGAGAGAGAAGAGACAUUGCAGAUUCAGAGCUUGAAGAAUUCGUCAAUGGCGGAAAGGUCUUUCAACGAGCAUGCAGUUGAAAAUCCAGAGGAGAUUGCUUCCAUGGUUGAAACAAGCAUACGCAAUCACACGCAAAGAAGGAACCUAAAUUUCUUCUCAUGCGGGACCGGGAACCCAAUCGACGACUGCUGGCGCUGCGACAAGCGGUGGUACCUCCGCCGAAAGCGACUAGCCAACUGCGCCAUCGGAUUCGGCCGCAACUCCAUCGGCGGCCGCGACGGAAGGUACUACGUCGUAACAAACCCCAACGACGACGACGCCGUCAACCCUAGACCCGGCACCCUCCGUUACGCCGUCAUUCAAGACAAACCCUUAUGGAUCGUGUUCAAGAGAGACAUGGUGAUCACUCUCAAGCAAGAACUCAUCAUGAACAGCUUCAAGACCAUCGAUGGUCGCGGUGCCAAUGUUCACAUCGCGUUUGGAGCUUGCAUCACGAUCCAGUUUGUCACGAAUGUGAUCAUCCAUGGUGUUCAUAUCCAUGAUUGUAAGCCGACUGGGAAUGCCAUGGUUCGAAGCUCUCCGUCGCAUUAUGGAUGGAGGACAAUGGCUGAUGGUGAUGGGAUUUCGAUCUUUGGGUCGAGUCAUAUUUGGAUUGACCACAAUUCGCUUUCUAAUUGUGCUGAUGGACUCGUUGAUGCUAUUAUGGGGUCUACUGCGAUUACCAUUUCUAACAACUUCUUCACUCGCCACAAUGAGGUGAUACUGCUGGGUCACAGUGAUACUUAUGUGCGUGAUAAGCAGAUGCAAGUAACCAUUGCAUUCAACCAUUUUGGGGAGGGUCUUAUUCAAAGAAUGCCAAGGUGUAGACAUGGUUAUUUCCACGUGGUAAACAAUGACUAUACCCACUGGGAAAUGUAUGCGAUUGGAGGCAGUGCUAAUCCAACAAUUAACAGCCAAGGCAACAGAUACCUUGCCCCUGUGAACCCUUUUGCUAAGGAGGUGACAAAGAGAGUGGAUACAGGGGCAGGUGUAUGGAGAGGUUGGAAUUGGAGGUCACAGGGAGACCUUCUGCUGAAUGGAGCCUUUUUCACUCCUUCAGGUGCAGGGGCUGCUGCAAGCUAUGCUAGAGCUUCAAGUUUGUCUGCAAAAUCAUCUUCUUUAGUUGGUACCCUUACCUCUGGCUCUGGUGUUCUUAACUGCCGCAGGGGUGCCAUGUGUUAAUACCAACAACAAGCACUAUCUACAACCAAAGGAGUAAAUGGAGAACAUCCAAAUUCCAAAGCAAAUUAAAAUUAAAGAAAGUAAUUCUAAAAAAUUACAAGAGAGAGAGAGAAAGAAAAUGAAAAAGCAAAGGAAGAAAGAAAAGUUUUAAUUCUUUUUCCUCUUAUUAUUUCCUUUGUUAUAGAUGUAUUGAGUGAGUUUGCACUAUUGUAUUAACUUUGGACACACCCAUUGUUUGUCUUGUCUGUCACUGGUUAGAUAUUGGGGGAAAGAAAACUGUACAUUUUAUGUGAACUGUUAUCAAAUUGAUAACAAUGAUUCCUCUAGAAGUCCGUCUCCCUUCAAUUUUCCAAGGGAAACAAAACGAAUUUUACUCUCUUCCCCAGUAGUGCUGUAUGGUCUUCUUGACCAUUUCUACUAAUACACCUCGAGUAUGUUUGCGUGCCCUUCAUUUACAGAACAUUUGAUUUGCCCGAAAUGAUAUGGGCAUUGAUAUGGGCAUGCAAGGGAUAACAUGGAAUGUAUUGUUGAAAUAGUUGGUGUUCAAAUCAGAAUUUUAUUUUCUUA